AUAUUUUCUGCUGCUCCAGAGACUAGGACCCAGAGCAAUGGAUGCAAGCACCAGGUAAAGAGACUCCAGCUCGACAUUAGGAGGAACCUCCUGACAGUAAGGGCUUUCCAGGUUUCGAUUUUGGUCCCGUCUUCAAGAUAAAUAGACCAAAUCUAAAGUCUGGAGUUUUGGAGAAUAAGCACAAAUUAGUUUUGGGUUUAGAGAUGUGUCCCACUUCCAAAAACAUUUCAUUACGUAUCCGCAAAUAUUCCAAAAUGGAAAACAUUUCUGGUCCCAGGAAUUUUGGAGAAAAAAGGAGGCUCUAUAUAUCAAACAUAAAUGAAUAUUCUGUUUAGAUUUUCCCAUCUUCAAUACAAUCUCAUUCUGUAUAUAUUCCCAAAUUCCAAAAUCUGAAACCCAGCUCCUUCCCUGAAGGAAUACAUAGGAUCUAAAAUUGGAAGGGACUAUUAAGGGCCAUAUGGAGAUGGAAAGGGGUCCAAUGACAAGAGUUAGGAAGAGGCAAGGCAGUGCCAAGCCUUUCAAAACACUGCUGCCAUGUUUAUUUCCUCCAAUGGCCCAGCACCUCUGCCUGCCCUUCAAGGCAGAGUUGAAAGGCCCAGAGAAGCACAUAGCAACCAUGGCCACUCGGCCAGAUGCAUUUGUUUGCCUUUGAAAGCAUUCCGUAUCCGCUCUGGAAUCUGGACUCCACUCUAGAAUGCAGCUGAGGCCAGUGCAGCCAUUGGCUAUUGGUCAGUGCGUUGGAUACUGGUCAGUGCGUUGGACACUGGCCAGUCCGUUGAAUACUGGUCAGUCCGUUGGAUACUGGUCAGUGUGUUGUUGGAUACUGGUCAGUGUGCUGUUGGAUACUGGUCAGUGUGCUGUUGGGUACUGGUCAGUGUGCUGUUGGAUACUGGUCAGUGCGUUGGAUACUGGCCAGUGCUCUUCUGGACCUUGGUCGGACCAGACCUGUUCCUGGGAGGGCACUUGGCUUGGGUCUACCCAAGUUCUCAGUGCCAUGAUGCCAAGCGUGUGGACGUUCCUCAAAGAGCAUGGAGGGGUAAGCAGAGAGGGAGGCCUGAGGUGACCAUUGAGGCCAUGGCUCUGGACAGCCAUCCUUUCUCUGACUCUCAUUCAUCUCUUCCCUCUGCAGAGGGCCAGGAAAACUGUGGUCAAAUGGUUUUCCUGCUCCAGACGACCAAUGGAUGAGGAGGACGAUGCCUGGUCUCUUCCUCUUCCAAGACUUACUGAGCCACAAGGAACCUGCCUGAAGGAGGAAGACGUCGCCUGUCCGGCACUUGCCGGGGCAGUCCAUCCUUCUUUGUCGGAUUCCUUGGAAAAGGAGGAGGUGCCCAAGGAGGCCAAAAAUGUGGAGGACGAGGGGGAUCAGAGACAACUGGAGCCAAUGGAGGACUCCGCUGAGGAGGAGGAGUACCGGGAUAAGAUUGGCCCCUUGCCGAGAAAGAAGUCUCUGGCUCCUUUUUGUGAGUGGUUCCGCCAUCUGGACCCUACAGUGAGCAAGUUAGUAGCAGACGUUGCGGCCAAGCGUCGUUUAGAAUUCAUCCUGGCUCACUAUUUAGAGUCACCCCAAAGCACCUGUGAUAAGCUCCUGCUUAAAGUCCUCAAUUCUCCAUAUUGCGACCAGGAGCAUGCACUGCUAUUCCUCAUGGCCGAGAUGAAGGAAUCCUCCUGGUUGAGGAAGUUGAGGGCGAUGAAAGCCAUGGGGCUAAUCGCAGAUGUCAUCGCGUUUGAGGAGACGCUGGAGCCGUGGGUACCCUUCGUCGCCAACGCCUUGCUUUUAGCCACGUGUGAAUCCAAUUCCCGUGCUAAGAACCGCAAUGAGUUCAAGGAGGAAUUAAGUCACAGCAUCAAUGCCCUGCUGCCCAGGUACAUGCCCGACAUCGAGGCCUUGCUUGAUGUCACCCGUCGAGGAAUACGAUGCCAGCGCUCUCGCAGGGAAAAAACAAGGGCUGUAUAAGCAUUAUCGCCUGACCGAGGGAAGCCUUUCUGGUGCUGGACAGCUGAGGAGGAUGAGGAGGCCUGGAAAUCGCAGGGACAAUAUUGGGGCAGACACUCGUCCACCAGUCCCACACGCUUGCCUGGGUCUUCUCCUCUUCCCUGCCCAUUCGACCUCUUGGCACCAGGGACUGGCAUGGGGACGGAAGAAGGAAAGCGAACAGGAGAAGAGGCACAGGAGCCCCAGCUGCCCAGAGGCAAUAUUGGGGCAGACACUCGUCCACCAGUCCCACACGCUUGCCUGGGUCUUCUCCUCUUCCCUGACCAUUCGACCUCUUGGCACCAGGGACUGGCAUGGGGACGGAAGGAGGAGAGUGAACAGGAGAAGAGGUGCAGGAGCCCCUGCUGCCUAGGGAAGGGGAUGCCUUCGUUUGGGGCCUCAAUGGUCAAAGAAGAUGGGGCUGGAAGGGAGGCAUUCCAAAAUCCAUGGAUGCUCAAGUCCCACACAGCCGCACCAUUAUUAGGGACAAUGGGACAAAAGUACCUCUCCUCCCGUCCUCCCUCCCU